UGUUAAAUAAUUUGUUUCAUUUCACUCCCAGCCCCAGGUGUGUAACUUGUCGGUGGCUAUAUUAAUUGCUGCAUUUUCUGCUAUUUCUUCACUCUUUAGUUCCAGGUGGUGUCUUGAAUGGUUGUUUUUUUUACUAGCCACUUUUCUUGAAGCUUGCAGUAAGGUUACGUCCAAGAAUUCGACAAGGUUUGGUUAUUUUUGUAAUGAUUAGUAGCUGCUGUUGCAUGCUAGAUUGAGUAAAUCAUGGACCAGAAGUCAUGGUUAUGGCCGAGGAAACGAUCUUCAGAGAAGACAAUUGUUUCAAUCAGCAAAUCUGAUCAUCCUGCUCAAGUAAAUGGAGUAGAGGGACAGACAGUUCCAAAUGAAAAGGAAAUAUUUCUGGAGCAAUCAUUGAAAAUCCUAGAUGAGAAGUUAGCUACCGCGCUCAGUGAAUCUAAUUCGAAAGAUGAACAAUUAAUACGGUCUGCAGAAAUAGAACAAGAAGCUAUUGCAGGUCAGAAGAAAGCAGAAGCUGAAGUACUUUGCUUAAAAAAAGAACUAGAUGAAGCAGUCCAUCAGAGAAAAGCUGCUAAUGAAAGUAUAAUGCACUUGAACACUGCGCUGAGAGAUCAUAUACAGCAAUUAACUACUCUCCGAGAGGAACAGGAGCAAAAAAUACGUGACGCUGUAAUGAGGACGUCAAAAGAAUUUGAGAAGGUGCACAAAAAGUUAGAGGACAGAUUAGCAGAAACAAGUAAAAGGAUAACAAAUUUGACACAUGAGAAUUCUCAUCUAAAUAAGGUCCUUCUCGUGAAAGGUAAGAUAAUUGAAGAUCUAACUAAGAGCAGUACACAGGCAGAAGCAGAGUUUAAUGCACUAAUGUCGAGGUUAGAUUCUGUGGAGAAAGAAAAUUCUUUUUUGAGGUAUGAAUAUCAGAUGCUUGAGAGGGAGUUCCAUAUUCGGAAUGAAGAGAUGGAGUUCAGCCGCCGCUCUUUGGAUUCCUCGCGUAAGCAGCAACUAGAGAAUGUGAAGAAAAUUAGAAAAUUGGAAGCAGAAUGUCAGAGAUUACGUCUUCUAACUCGCAAGCGGCUGCCUGGUCAGGUUGGAUUGACAAAGGUUAAGAAUGAAAUUGAAACGCAAGAAAAAAAUCAAACUGUCAUAAGGAGGAGGAAGUCAGAUCCCCCAACUGGAAGUUUAAUUCUUAAAGAUACAGUGACAGAUGAUAUUCGCCAUAAGGAGAUAACUUUUUUAGUUGAACGUAUGUGUAAUCUGGAGGGAGAGAACAAGGCUUUGAAAGAUUUAUUAGGAAGGAAAGAAGUUGAGAUUUGCCAUUCUUCUGCUAAGGGUUCCAAAGAGCUGGCCUUGGCUAGUCCACUAUCAAAUGAAACUUCCUCAAUAUCAAGUUACGACACGUGCAAGAGAGAUGAAAGUGUUUGUUCAAAAAUGAUUGGGGUUUCAGAGAUGUGUCUGAUGGAUGAUUUUGCUGAAAUGGAGAAACUUGCAAUAGUUGCUGUUGAUUCUACAAUAGGGAGUUCUUAUCCUCCCUCAGAUGCAAGUCUCGCUUUAUCAGAGACACAUGGACACCAGAUCGACUCGACUGGUAAGGAACUAGUUAAAGUGGAACAACAUGAUUUAUAUGACUUGGGAAUGGAAGUUCAAGGACAAGAUUCAGUGUCCAAGAUAUCCUCCAAUUGGCUUCAUGAAAUCUUGAAAAUAAUAAUGGAGCAAAGCUGUGUCUCAAAAAAGGGCGCUGAUGAAUUAUUAGAGGAUAUUAGAGUAGCUUUGUACAAUGUAAACACUCCAUGUAGUGGGCCAUCUGAACUGCUUCCCAUCAGUGGUUAUAUUACUUGGAAAUCUCCGGUAACUUCUCCAAAGAUGCAAAGUCUAACAACUGAAUCGGGAUCAACGCAAAGUGUUAUAUCUGAAUUGGGGAAAAUUCAUUCUAUCCUCCAAGCAGAAAAUGAAGGAUUGAAAGCUGAGAUAAACAGUAUGAAGUCCUCAAACAAAGAUGUACAAGUCAAGCUGCAAGUCGUGAAGAACAAGAGCGAAAACUUGGCAAAUGAACUUAAGCAAUCACAACAAAGUAUUUUAAGUCUACGAGCUGAACUGGAAGAAGCUAAAGAAUCUAAAAGGAUGAUGGAGGAUCUUAUGGAAAAUCAGAAAUCAAUCAAUGAAGAUCUCGAUACACAGCUUACUGUGACCAAAGUUAAACUAAAUGAAACACUUCAAAAACUAUCUUCUCUUGAAGUAGAAUUGGAAGAUAGAAGUCACUGUUGUGAAGAGCUGGAAGGAACUUGCCUUGAGCUUCAACUCCAACUUGAAAGUAUUACUGCCAAUCCAACUUCCGAGGACAACAUGGAUCAAGAAAAAGGCCUGCAGAAAACUGGCUGGGAAAUAACAUCUGCUUCUGAAAAAUUGGCCGAGUGUCAAGAGACUAUACUGAACCUAGGGAAGCAAAUUAAGGCCUUAGCUUUGCCGAAGGAAAAUACAGUUGGUGCCACCAAUGGUAGCAUUAAGAACAUGAGGAAGCACAUGUCUCUACUCGAUCGGAUGUUAUCAGAGGAUGACGUGCAAAAGGAGGAACUCAACUCUCCCAACAAUGAUACAGUUCACGCAACCCAAAGCCCACAGUCUGAAGCUAAAACUCCGAAUAUGGGAACUAUGGUUAUUUUACCAACCAAGAAACGCGGGGGAAUGAAUUUUCUAAGGAAGCUUUUACUAAGGAAGAAGCGAGAAAGAAGCAAAAAGAGAGCCUUUCCGUUAGGCAUUGAAGCUUAUUAAUGCUGCAAGAAAAUCUGGUUUUACUUCUAAGCAGUUUUUAGUUUGAUCAUACGUAAUGCACAUAGAUAUAUCUUAUUGUAAUGCAUGUAUCUGCAGCCCGAAUAUUGACUUCAAUAACUUACCUUCAUGGACCUAUUUGAGUGUAUUCUGUACGUACUUUGUCAUGUAAAAAAGCCUCUGUUUGCACUUGCUACAGAUCCA